AUGGCAACGCCAAGAAUGAAAGAGACGUUUCCUAAUACAAAUCAGCUUACCAUCUUCUAUAACGAGAAUAUUUGUAUCUAUAAUGGAAAUCUAGCAGAAAAGGUGCAAGAAAAAAUGCUCAUGGCUACUACUACUACCAAGUCUACCGAAAUGAAGAGUAUCGUGAAACAAUCUCAUGUUCCUUCACCUGUUCCUUCAAGGUCCUCUUCUCCACAUGCUGCCACUGAAAAUAUCGCUUCAUCGCAGGAACUCUGCUUUCCUGCAAAGAAGAGUUCCGUCUGCAGGCUGCAAGCAUUUCCAAUAGCACGCAGACAUUCACUUCAAAGGUUUCUUGAGAAGCGGAGAGACAGAUUGGGCAGUAAAGCACCUUAUCCGUCUUCGCCAACGACAAAGGUGGCCAAUAACAUAGAGAACAACUUCUGCUCUGAGAAUUCGCCUGAUUCGGUUUCGUUGAAGGGACCAAAUGAAGAAUUUCAGCCAACUAUAUCUGCCUCUUGA